UGUUUUUAGCCAGCUUCUCAAGGUUUCACUAUGUUCAAUUUCAACCCCGAUUAUCCAGAAUUGACAAAAGUAACAAAGAUUGUUUUGUUCUGUUGAAAUAUAAAAUCUGUUUUUUUUUUCUUGCAGAAUGAUUGUUGGUACAGAACAGAUCCACUGAGCGAUCUAGGUCCAUUUCCAUAUUCAUGGUUCUAUCAAGAGGAACGUCAUUUUGAAAUUCAAUCAUGGUUUCCGCUUCCAUCAAAUCUUAUCAAUAAAGGUGAAGAAUGGAUCCCAGAAGUUCAAAUGAACGCAAUAAGAUAUGAUUCACCAGAAAUUUGUAAUUUAAAACGAUCUGGUAUUGGACAAGUUCCAUGUUUAAGUUACUUCGAAGCACAAGAUAGACCAGUUAAAACUAUUCGAGCACGUGCUGCGCUUGGUGGUUACGAUAGUGAUGAAUAUCAAAGUACAGUUUAUCUGUCAUUUACACAUGGUAUUCCAUCAGAAUCUGAACAUUUGUUCGAUUUACCUGAUCAAUGGUCUUCUUAUUGUGGAAAUGCAAAUGCCGGUUUUAGCGUCGAACCUAUGCAAGGAUUUGUGGUAACUCCAAAUGGUCAAGAUCAUUUUACACUAAAAUUACAAACACCACCAGUUCAUUCACUUGGUGACCGUGUCAAAGUUGAAUUUAAACUACAACCAUCAUCGUAUUAUAAUGGCACACGAUGUGCUCAAUUCAAUCCGAUUGUUUUCGAUCGAGAAAAUUGGCAAGAACCAAAACAAGUUGACAUGACAUUUGGUGAUUAUGGUUGUUGUUCAUACGCAGUUACGGCAACCGGUGGUGGAUAUGAAUGGCAAUAUGCAGUAUCAUCCUUUGUUGUUUAUGCAUGUGAUGGACAAGCUGGAUAUGGUUGUACAGGUAAACAACCAUGUGGAGCUUGA